AUGCUGCUGAUCAGAAAAGCCAAUCGACAAGUUAUGGAAACGCUUAUAACUUUAGAAAUAUGCAGUACCGAAAACGGUCCAUUGAAUGAAUCGAAGAAGAAUUACAAGAUAGAAAAUGACCCGACCAAAUUACGACAGAAACCGAUAUUUAUCUGGGUGAUUUCUAUAGUACAGAUUCUAGUUUUUAUGUUUGAAUUAGCUCGAAAUUGGGUGUUAACUGGUAAUCCUGUUGAAAUCACGUCGUCAUUCAAUCCAAAUAUCGGUCCGAGUUUGCCUGUAUUGAUCUACAUGGGUGCGCGAUUUUCACCGUGUAUACAUGGUAUUACAGAUCAGAAGUUUUACGCGGUUUUAUGCUCAAAUUAUACGAAUUCGAUGGAACAUAUUUUAUGCAAUUUAAAUGAACUUUGCGGUUUGACUGCGCAUCAAUGGUUCCGUUUUAUAAUUCCGAUUUUUCUUCACACAGGACUUGUUCAUGUUAGUCUGAAUGUUCUCACUCAACUCAUCAUCGGUACACGCAUAGAGAUGAAGAACGGUACUUGUCGGGCAGUUGUCGUCUACUUCAUCUCCGGUAUCUUUGGACUUAUUCUCGACACGAACUUUGUUCACAACGGUUUUGUCACUGUUGGUUGCAGUGGUUCACUUUUUGGCCUUGUAGCGCUUCAUCUGUUAAAUAUACUGUACGAUUGGCAUCAUGGCUCAUGCCCUGCAUUAUUAACUGUUAUGCUUGAUGUUAUUGUUACAUUCGCUAUAGGACUUUUACCAAGUAUCAGUAAUUUCAAUCAUAUCGGUGGUUUCGUUAUGGGCUUGUGCACGAGCAUGAUGGUACUAGCUCAGCCUAAACGAUUUCGUUCUAAUAACUGGUGGAUACUACGUUAUGUGGUUUCACUAAUAGUUAUCGGUAUGUUUAUUUUUUCGGUUGAGAAUGUCUAUUCGAGAAAAUUUCGAUGUUCGUGGUGUAAAUAUCUUGAUUGUCUACCGAUUCAGAAUUGGUGUGAGAUAGGCUAUUUAAUAAUCAAUGAAACAGUAGAUGCUACUCUUGUAUGA